AGUAGAGCAAUGAGCCACACACACAGAGAGAGAGAGAGGAGGAUAGAGCUUCUCACCAUGCUGUAGAGCAUCCAUGACUCUAAUCUAGUUUAUAAAGGAUCCUGAUAGGAACUGGGAGAGAGAAAUGUGUUUUAUAUUCUCACAGAUUUAACUCAGUGUGUUAUUUUGGAUGAUGCAUAUCUGUGUUUUCCACAGCACUGAAUCUGCAUGCAGGAUCUAACCAGCCCAGAACUGCAGCAAGUCAGCUGGUUUUAUCCAUUUACCCCAUAUGGCUUUUUCCUCCUUUUUUCUCUUCUAUUUGUUUGAAUUUCGAAGAUGAGCAAGAGGCAGUCGGUCAGCUGCACAGUGAGCACAGGGGAGCAGGAGGACACACAGAACAGUACAGGCAUUUUGAAAUAGAACUAUAAAAGGAGGAGAGGAAGAGGAGGAGGAAGAGGAGAGUCUGUGUUGUGUGGCAGAGUUGUGGUGUUCCCUGCUCAGUGCCUAGCAGUAACAUGGCUGUGAUACAGAAGAGGGAACACAGGGGGACCCCCAGCAAGAAGACAGCACCCCAAGAAGACAGAAAGGGUCUUUCUACCAGAGAUACUCUAGACAAGCAGAAAAAAGAGAGCAGAGCCGGGAGACGGAGAGAAAAAGGCAAUGAAGACACAAAGCCCAAUAAUUCAGAGAAGAGGAGAGCAGUCAUCUGUGUCCCUGCCUCCAUCAAAUCAGCUGUGAUCAGUAACAACACAACCAGUCACGCAGCAGGGCCACAGGCGCUGAAGGUUGAUGACAGGCUGAGACUAGCGAAGGAGCGGAGGGAGGAGCAUGAGAAUCAGCUUGUGUCCAGAGAGCUGGGCUGGUUGGCUCGAGAGGAGCGAGCCAGGCGUCUUUAUGAGCAGCAGCUGGAGGUGAGGAAGAGGAGGCUACAGGAGCAGAGAGAGAAAGAGGAGAAGCGAAGGACAGCUCUUGAGCGGAGGGAGGAGCUUAAGAAACAGCUUGUGUCCAGAGAGCUGGGCCGGUUGGCUCGCGAGGAGCGGGCCAGGCGUCUCCAUGAACAGCACCUGGAGGAGAGGAAGAGGAGGCUGCAGGAGCAGAGAGAGAAGGAGGAGAGGAGGCGCACUGCCGUGGAGGAGAAGAGGAGGCAGAGGAUGAAGGAGGAGACAGAGCGCUAUGAGUCUGUGGUGAAGAAGACCUUAGAGAAGUGCCAGAGGGCCAAACAGAGACUGAGCCAGGGCUCUCGAGGAAGGAAGACCAACAACAAGAGCGUUCCUCGCAGCUCUCCUCUGACUGCCUGGGAGAGGGCUCUGGUCUGUCGCCUCCUGACCCCUACAUGCUCCUACCUAGCCAGGAGAAGGAGUCAUAGUUGUCAGUCAAGAGAAGAGGAAGCUGUCCAUGUUUGUCCCCGUUCAGCUUCAUGCCACUCCAUACCUGCCACUGCCACCAACUGUCAUAAAUCACCACACCGCUCUGGCACACCUGACCACCACCGGGUGCAGGCAGGCCUCCAGGCAGACUACCGCUCUGGCACACCUGACCACCACCGGGUGCGGGCAGGCCUCCAGGCAGACUACCGCUCUGGCACACCUGACCACCACCGGGUGCAGGCAGGCCUCCAGGCAGACUACCGCUCUGGCACACCUGACCACCACCGGGCACAAUCAGACUUCCAGGCAAAUCUCCGGGCAGACUACCGGUCUAUCAUCUGGGCAAACUACCAGUUAAAAGCAGCACAGCAGAAGGAGAGUGAGAGGACGUUCAGGAGGAAUAGACAGCAGCCUCACAUACCCAAUGCUCCUGUGAAAGUGUUACCCACAAACAUACAGAGCAGAGAUGGAGUGCCCUCUCCAGAACGGAAACCUGUGAUCAGACACAAACCUGUGAUCAGACAGCCUCCAUCACAGCAGGUUGGGCUGGAACUGUACCCUGUUCCGGAGGAGGAUGGUCCUCCAGUCUCCAACCAAACCCUCUCCCCUGGGAACUCACGGCCCAGCCAGACCAUCUCUCCUUGGGCUCCAGUCUCCAAUCACACCCUCUCCCCUGGGAACUCACGGCCCGGCCAGACCAUCUCUCCUCGGGCUCCAGUCUCCAAUCACACCCUCUCCCCUGGGAACUCACGGCCUAGCCAGACCAUCUCUCCUUGGGCUCCAGUCCCCAAUCAUACCCUCUCCACCGGGAACUCACAACCAAUCAGGAUCUCAGCAGCAGCAUGGGACCAGGUCCAACCAUUCGUAGGCUCAGCAGAACCUCAGACAGUCCCCACACCUAGAACUGAGGGCGAUACAGGCCCCCUUCCUGGAGCCCCCUCCUGCACCAGGCCGUCUGCUGGCACCAUGGAUCCAGAGGAGGCCUCAUGUCUUCUGGCCGAGAAGAGAAGAGAGGCCCGUCUGAAGAGAGAGAGAGAGCAGGAGGAAUGCCUGCGCAGGGAAGAGAUAGAGAGAGAGGAGCUGGAGAGCAGGAGGGCAGAGGAGCAAGCACGACUCGAGGCUGAGGUCCAGUGGCUGGUAGUGGAGAGGAGGGAGGAAGAGGAGCAGAGGCAUGCAGAGGAGGAGAGAGUCAUCCGGGCCACACAGGAAGCUGCUCUCCUCCAGAAACAGAGAGAGGAGGAGGAGGCCCAGGCCAGGGACAAGGCAGAGCUGCAGAGAGAGAAGCACUUCCAGAAGGAGGAGGAACAACGGCAGGAGAGGAAAAAGCGACUGGAGUUGAUCAUGAGGAGGACAAGGAAGACCUCAACUGAAGAUAAAAAAACGCCUGUCCUGAAUGGGAAGACAAACAGAAACCCUUCUCCAGAGGAAGCCCAACCAAAAAAUAACACUGAGCCUGUGAAGAACGGCAACGGCACUAUAGAAGAGGUCAUCAACCUAGGGGUCGGGACGGGGACAAAGCCAUCCAAUCUAGGUCUGAGUGGCGUGGAAGACAACAUGGUUCCUGUCGUGGCCUUCAGAGAACGCAGGUCCCUGCUAACUCUGACCGGCAUGGAGGAGAUCCAGUCCCAUCAGAGGGCAGGUGAGAGCUCAUCACAUCCUCCGUCAGCUCAUCUAUACUCUCUAUGCUAUGUAGAUAUUACACUAGAGUCGUGAACACUAGAGCCCCCCCAAAAGUCCAAGAUUUCUACCGCCAAGAGGUUAUGGGCUCUCAAUAUUCAAAGUUUGAUUCUAACCCGGAAGCAGAUUACAUAUUUAAGGUCUCUCAAUUAUUUCUUUGUAUGUGUCUCUAAGUCUAAGAUAUGUAUGUGAAUCAACUGAUUUUAUGUUAUUAACCCAUUUCUAUCACACACUCCUUAGAAGUUAUCUGAGUAUCGUACAGAUCAGAGAGGGGAGACAACCCAUCCACGAAUCUUUCCACAGCUGUGGCGUUUUGUCCUUUUUUUUGACAAAGAAAGGAAUAACUGCAGCCUUUUUCCUGCCCUGCACUUUUAGAGAGUAUGUGAUGAGAAACACACAUUUCUCUGGAGGACUUUCUGAUCUCGAAGGAGCUUACCACCAUUUGGUCACACUUCUCUUUAAUCCAAAAUGUCACGAGCUGCAUUUGUCAUCACCAUGUACAACACUAGACAGGGGAGCUUGUUUGUCAUUGCAACAACUCUGAACAAUGUUUUAUCUAGUCUGUAAAUGAGGGUCCAUGCCUCAUAGCUGCAGAUUUAAACUGAUUAAAUGAGUAGUUUGAUAUGAUGGGCGUUAAGAUACACAAUUGACUAAUAUACAUUUUUAACUGUAUUGGCACUGAAUGUCUCCCAAUCAUGUCUGAUGUUUUUAGCCAUGUGCUUUAGCUUUUCCUAACUAUGCUGCUAUUUGAACACUUUGCCUUCCAGUUAACAGGAUAGUGGUGUGCUAGUUUCAGAGCAAAAGCUUUUGUUUUGAGUUCAAAUAAAGGCCACUUUCUGACUAUAAUCUAAUAAUAUUUUUCAAAGCUGCUAUGGAACUUGUGUGGUUUGUCAUUUUAGAGAACUAUACUCACUUGAGGGUGGACCACUUCCAAAAGUAUUUUGGCAGUUCCUUACUUGGAAAUUGUGCAAUCAUUUUAGAAAACAAAUAAGAGUGAAGUGUAAAAUGUAAGUUUGUCUUUUAAAGUGUAAAAACAAAUAAAGCAAUGCACUGAUAAAACGAUGUGAUCUGGUAUGAGUAGGUUGUCACUUGUUUCAUACACUGCACUCCUGUCCACGUACAGAGCAUUCAGAAAGUAUUCAGACCCCUUC